AUGUCCGACGUGAACGCGGUCAUCGUUCAGCCCCUGAAGCAGUUCGUGAAGGACAGCGUACACCUCGUGAAGAAAUGCACGAAGCCCGACCGGAAAGAAUUCACGCGGAUCGCGUGGGCCACGGGCGUCGGUUUCCUGAUCAUGGGCGCGCCGCCGCGUUUCGUCGGCUUCUUCGUCAAGCUGAUCCACAUCCCCAUCAACAACAUCCUGAUGACCUAG